CCUCCUCUUAUCCCUCAGCAUCUCGUAGAAUAGUAGAGCGCGCGAGACCGAUGAGCGACCGUUGGUCGAAUCGGAACAUUCAAUUCAGCGCGAGAAACUCACCGCUGGAGGGCAGCAGCUGCUGAGUGCCGAGUAUGGAAUUAUAUGCGCGCGCGCAUUUUACGCGUAGCACAACGCCAUCUUCGUAAAAAGUGAAUUUGCAACUGCCAAUGUUAUGUUUGAAAAUUUCAAAUACUUACAACACAUGCUGUUCGGGUGAUGGGUGUGCUUCUGGCAAUAGACACCCUCGGAAUUUCGCGGUUUUUCGAGGGUCGACCGGGUGUCAGUGAACAAUGCCGUUAAUUUUAAUUGAUGGCUUUGUGUCAUAAAACGCUGCAUUUCAAAAUUUAGCCGAGUUUAGUAACGGACAGCGUACGUGCGUAUACGCACGUUUCGCCGCUCGCGAGAGUGCCUGCCUCUAAUUUUCCUUCUUUUUUGUGAUUUUUUUGACUCUUUUGUGUGUGUUAAAUUACGAGAAACGUAGAAAGAGAAUCAGAGAUGGAGAAGUUUCAGCAUAUUCGAGCAUUCAUUGCUGCUGCCUCAGAGUAUGAGAAACACCCAACUGACUCUGUGUCUUCUGUCAUACAGAUGAAUCUUGGGGCUAUAAGUGCAUCACUAGACCCAAGCAUAUUCGAUCCAAGCUCAAGUAUAUCGACUACAUUUUAUAUUGGUCUGUAUGAGUUGAUGAACUCUUUAGGAUCGAAAUCAAGUCUCAUUUGGAGUGCUGUCGAUGUUCUACAAGCUGCUUGCAAAAACUGUUCUGCUCGCAACGCACUUAUACAUACAUACAAAUUUGCACCUAUUUUAUCAAGACUUUUAGAGGCAAAUUUAACAUCCGAAAAACGAACUAGAGCUCUAAAGUUAUUGCAAGAGUUGACGUACGGAAUAAAAAUAUCAUGGCAAGAAGCUCAUUUGCCGCAUUUAAUUACAACUCUAUCUAAAUGGGCAACUGAAUCCAAUGAAGAGGAAGUCAUUUCACUUUCAUUGGGUGUACUAGUUAAUCUGUGUUACAAAAAUUUACCUGCAGUUUACACUUUGAUGCGAAGUGUAAAUACAAAAACAUUUCUUCAGAAUGUAGUGAGAGCUCGAAGACAGAGUGUUAACAUAAGGGUGCAGUGUUGCAAAUUGUUAAUUAUUCUGGAGCAUACAAAUAGUGAUAUUUUAGAUUCUUAUAUAUUAGAUGUGGCUGCAAUUACAUUUACAAACAUCAUACCUACUUUAAAAAAUGAAGAUGUACUUCUAUUAAGGCACUUGGUUGAUUUCUUUGAUGAUAUUAGGCACAAUGAACACUACAGAACUGUUCUUUUGACUUAUCCAAACUAUGUAAAAGAUGUCAAAAUUAUUUUGGAAUCUGCAAAGGAUAUUUCUAAUAGAGAAUGCGCAAGUCUUCUAGUAGAAUUUUUGUCUUCCUUGAUGAAAUUGAAAGUCCCAGACUUGCUAAUAUUGUAUCCAGUAAUCAUCAAAACAGCCAUGGGAUGGGUUCCAAUUGAAUAUGUUGCUUCAAAAGCAUUGUCUUUGAUAAGAACCAUUGUAAUAGAUUCACGGCAAAACAAAAACCUUGAAUCAGAGGUAUUGGAGGAACUAGAUAUGUCUAUGUUAACACUCUUUUUAGUAAAAGAAGAUGAUGAUAUGGAUGGAAGUUUUGGAAAAAAUAUGGAUAAAGAUAGUAUUUUAAUUGAACUCAUGCAACUUUUUCAAGAAUUAAUAAAAACCCCUGCUAUCAAAACCCGAGUUUUGGAAGUAUUAACAGUGCCAAAAAUGCAAAUUUUAAUGAAAAAAAUUCUAGAGUGCAAUAAUGAUUCCCAGUAUAUAGAAAAGCCAAGAAAUCUCUUUCAUGAUCCUACAACCGAUUUUUAUAUUCAUGCAUUGGCUCUCAUAGCUGAUUUAGCAACAAAUUCACAAUGGUUAACACUAUAUACAGAAUUAUUGCAGAGAAAACAAAUGCAAAUGAUAAUGGCAACUGCAUUGUUCACUGGAGACAGAUAUGUUAAACAAAAAGUUCUUCAUUUAACAUCUACAGUUGGAUAUCCAAAGGAAUGUGUUUCUGCAGUUGCUGGUUGCAUGGCUGAGCUAGAACCUUUAUUGUUGGUUCAAGCAAACACAAAUGCUACAAAGGUUUCAGAAAGUUCAACAAGUAAUCAUCCGUAUGAGUUCUUACCCUUAUUUUCAAAAGCUCAGGAAGAGAGGCUUGAUAUAUCUAUUUCUAAAAUUGAACAUGCUUUUAAAAAUAAUCAGCUAUUAGAUAUGACUACUUCAGCUGUUAUGGAGCUGUAUGAGUAUAAGGUAGCAUCAAUGAGACAUGCUGAGCGAUCUAUGCAAGCCAGUUUAGAAGCAGCGUCUAACCAUGCAACAAGUCUUCAGCAUAGAUUAGCACAGCUGAUUGCUCAGUCGAGUCAACUGCAUCAAGUAUUAUUUAAUACACAGCAGUGUUUAGAAGGCGCCCAAGUUGAAAAAAAUGCGUUAGCGAAAACACUUCACGAAAAAGAAGAAAAAUCGCAAAAAACCCAUGCUUUGCAAGUACAGGAAAAUAAGGCGUUGAAAAAAAUUGUUUUGGAAAAGGAAAAUCAGAUAAAUCUGUGUGAUACGCGCAUGAAGGAAUUAGAGGAAAAGUUUGCGCGUAAAAAUGAAGAAAUCACUAAAUUACUUCAAAAAGCGCAAGAAGAUAUUAAUCGGAAAGAACAGAUCAUUGAAGAGAAAAAUAGAGAAAUUUCUUCAAUUCAAAAAGAUAUAGAAGCACUGAAUCAAGAAAUCGAACAACAGGCUAAGCAAUGUCUCAGUUACCAAAAAACUAUUGUAGAAAAAGAGGAAUCGGUUCAAAAAUUGUCAACUGAAUUACAUAAUUUGAGCCGUAUGCGUGACAUGAUUUUCGAACUGGCCAAGAAAAAAGAUGGUUUAUAAUACUUCAAAACGUAUUAUAGUCGCUCACUAUUUUUUUAUACAAUAAAAUUACAUGUUAUAUUUUAUACAUCAAUCUAAAGACGUAAAAUUAUAAGAGACUAAGAUAAUGUAAAUAUAAAUGUUUUAAUUUCUAGUAUUA